CAGAAGGCUUGACACGGAGCAUGUAGAGUUCUAGUUUUGGAUUAGCGAAACCCCUUAUUCCACCAGGGCUGGUUUUGCUUAAUGGUAUUGGAAUAUGAAGUUCCUUACUGUCUCGUUGCUAUUGUCGGCGGCGUUUGCAUAUUAUGUUUACCUGCCACUGCCUGAUACCUUAUCUGAGCCGUGGAAAUUAAUGGUCCUGGAUGCAGUAUUCCGCACUUUUAUGCAUGUGGGGAACCUGGCUCAUGUCCUUGGCUUUGGUCACGACAUUCAUGUCAUAAACUACUUUGUCAUGAAAGCGGAGGGGACAGGUCCCCAGUCCAGCCAGACCAUGCAAGUGACGGACACAUUCUUCGCUGGUGUGCCAGUCCGUGUGUUUGAACCAACCAAACCAGUAAGGCAGCCGCACCUGAAGAGAGGUGUUGUCUACUUCCACGGAGGAGGAUGGGCCCUUCUCAGUGGACGAAUGCGCUCGUAUGACUUGCUGUGCCGGAACAUGGCAGAGGAAUUGGAUGCCGUCAUUGUGUCUGUUGACUACAGUCUGGCUCCAGAUGCACAUUUCCCUCAGCAGUAUUUUGAUGCUCUGAAGACCUCCGCGUUCUUCUUGAGCCCCGAGGUUCUGGCACAGUACUCUGUGGACCCCCAAAGGGUUGCCAUUUCAGGUGACAGUGCAGGAGGAAACCUGGCAGCUGCUGUGGUUCAACAGAUGGUAGCUGACAACCGAACCACCAAGUUCAAGGUGCAAGCGCUGAUCUAUCCCGUGCUGCAGGCUCUGGACUUCAACACGCCGUCCUACCAGCAAAAUGGAAACACCCCCAUCCUAUAUCGCCCCAUCAUGGCCCGCUUCUGGCUGGAGUACCUCAACGCCAGCCCCGACCUGGCCCCUCUGCUGCUGGCCAACAACCACACCGCCCUGGACCUGGCCAGCAUGCCGCAGGAGGUCCGAGCUAAGAUCGACUGGACGAGACUGCUACCGCCCGCCUUCCGCAAGGACUACCAGAAGGUGACCCCAGCAGAGGGGAGUGGCUCGGUCCUGGAGGAGUUGCCGGCACUCCUGGAUGUGAGGGCAGCCCCGCUGCUGGCGGAGGAGGAGGUCCUGAGUGCGGUGCCGCCCGCCUACAUCAUGACCUGCGAGCACGACGUGCUGCGGGACGACGGGCUGAUGUACGGGCGCCGCCUGGAGGAGGCUGGCGUGGCCGUCACCAGCGACCACUACCAGGACGGCUUCCACGGGUGCAUGGUGUUCUCCUCUUGGCCAGCCAAGUUCUCAGUGGGGACACGCAGCAUGUGGAAUUAUAUACGCUGGCUGAAGGAGAACCUCUAAAGUGGCCAGAGAGAGAGAGAGAGAGUGAAAGUGAGACAGAAUGAGAGAAAUGCGAUUACAAACCAAAUAAUACCAAUGAUCUAUUGUUUUAUUCCACGACAUAUUGACUUCUAUCUAUUGAUCACAUUUUUUUUUGAUGGCACUGUAUUGACACUUCAUGACACAUUAUGGAUUUAAUUUAUUUGUGUGUGCUCCUAUGGAUUAUUGAAUGUGAUUUGGCUUGUGUGCACUCCACUUAACUUAUUUAUUCCCAAAAACACACAGCUGAAUUUAAUGAAACACUUUUAUCAGAUUUUAUAUUUGUAAGACCACUGUAUGUAAUCAUACACUAAAUGAUUGUAACUAAAGUUGUGAAAUAAGCUGAGUUUGAUAAACUGACUGUCCUGCUAAAUCCCCUCUGCUCUCACCAGUAAUAGGUAAUUUAGCUAAAUAGUUUACCUACCUGAAGUGUUAGUUAAGAUUAUUGGGAUAGUUACAGUAAGAUCAGAGAGAGUGGAGAGAGAGAGAGGUUCCAUUGGCCCAUUGUUUCCGGGUUCUAUUAUUGCAAGGGGGAGCGGGGGAAAUCCCCCUUUAGACAGACCUAAGGACUGUUCUAUUCAAUGCUAGGAGUAUUAUGACACGCCCCUUUAGGCAGACCGGAACCUGGUCAUGUUAGGUGCCCAUAGCAACCUAUUACAAUGGCAUAUCUCACUUAAAGAAUCUCUGGUAAGAUCCACUAUUGAAUUGGCUGAAACACACUGUGGCAGGGCCUUUACAUGCUGAACUCAGGAUAUCUUCUGAAAAUAAGAAAGGGUAGUAGUGCACUAUGUCUGUGACUGGCGUGGAUUUGAAUUGAAAAUUGCUGUAUUUGGGUUAUACCAGUCAGUUCCUACAAUACUUGAAAGAAUAUGAUCUCUUAGUAGAUCUGAGCCAACGGGCAGCUCAGUCAGUAACAUAACUGUCUUAAGAAAGAGCUAAAAAUAUAUACUGUAUAUGUAUAUUUCUAUUGGUGAACUGAAGAGAUGUAUUAUAUAAUUAAGUUAAAUAGGGCUGUAACGAUACACUCGACUCACGAUUUGGUUUGUAUCAUGAUUUUUGACCUACGGUUCGAUACACCCCAGGAUUUCUGAAAUGUAUCUCAUUUGAAGUUUGGAAGCAUCAUUACAAUGCAUUAUGGUUGUUUUCUGGACUGAAGGAUAACAAAACUCUGAAAAGGCGUAUCACGAUACUGCCUCCUUACAUCACAAUACAGUAUCAUGACUCUGAGUAUCACGAUUCCUCGGUUCGAUCCAAUAUCGUUACAGCCCUAAAGUUCAUGAAUGUGUGUGUGAUUUUAACAAAGUAUAAAAAAGAUGAGAGGUAAACUAUACUGCCUGGGACCUAUUUAAAAUGUAUUUUUAUACAUAUAUUAAA